GUGAAGCGCAGUCAUUCAGUCACUGUGUGUGUGUGUGUGUGUGUGUGCGCAAAGCAGCGCGUGUGCUUAUCCCAACUCACUGAGUCAAACUCCGAGAUUGUUUUCUUCAACUCUCAUGAGACACUGGGUUCGCAUGGCGGCCGGAUGGUUUCUGUUAUAAAUCUGACACUCCGCCGCGGGAACAUGGACGAGGAGCUUUAAACCCCUGCUGGUUUGUGUAUAUGGGGGAAUUCGGUGGCAUGAGGCGAAUCGGUUCACCGCCGAUUCCUUCGGAGUCGGGUUUGGGGUUUGCGUCUGUGCGCUUUGGGUUUUGAGUGCGCAAUUUUCUCGCCCCUCUUUUUUUGGGGGAUGAUGUCGGCUCGGUUCGUGUCUCCGGGAUCAUUCAGGGUCAUCUUUUUCCUCUGGGCUUCAGUGCUCAGUUUGGGAUUGAGCUCCGAGCUGAAAGUCAAGGUUCGACUCCCUGAUGGCCGAAUCACUGAGGAGCUGCUGGAGGCGGACAGUGAGAGAGACUCCAUCACACUGGAGUACAGACAGACUGAUGGCACUCUCAUUACCUUCGUGGCAGACUUUAAACAGGAUGUAAAGAUCUUCCGAGCGUUGAUUCUGGGAGAGUUGGAGAGAGGGCAGAGCCAGUACCAGGCACUGUGCUUCAUCACACGCCUCGGCCACAAUGAGAUCAUCCCCAGCGAGUCCAUGGCCAGACUCCGGCAGAAAAACCCACACACGGUGCGGACGGCGGAGGAGAAGAGGCCGACGGAGACGUUCAGCAUGAACGUGGCGGUGAACGUGACCCUGGCUUGGCAGCUGAGCGCCCUCAUCUACAACACAUGCAGCGUGGCGCGCGACGCCACGUACACGCGCGAGGCCGACAUGCGCCACUGGCUGGACACGGGUACCGAAGGCUCCAUGUUCGAGACCCUUCCUCAGGCUGUGGAGGUUCCGGGGCUGCAGAGCUGCCGCUCGGUGAAUGAUCUCUGGCAGCCUUGCUCUUGCACGUACAGCAUGAGGCUCGAGUGGUACCCGUGCCUGCUCAAGUACUGCCGCAACAAGGACUCUUUAGGCCACGGCGCCUCGUACAAGUGCGGCAUCAAGAGCUGCAGCAAAGGCUAUGACUUCACAUACUACACGCCUCAUAAACAACUCUGUCUGUGGGAGGAGGAGACUUAGCGAUACAUGCUCAGCUUCACUCAGCAACUCUUCUCUUCUAUUUUUUUUUUUUUUGCUGUUGUUUGAGCCCUGAGCCAUUUGAACUUGACUGUCCAUGCCUGAGAGUACGCAUGACAAUCUCACACAGUGCCUGGGGCUCAAGAUAAAACCAGGAACAGGCUUUGUCUGCAUGAGUUCUUUAGAAUGGGGAUUUUCACGAUGGGUAUUGGAAGUGAAACAUCCAGAUCCACUUUCGGUAGACCAAGCAACUGUGAAUCAAGCUAUAGUCUAACAAGCUCAAUUCUGUUAAUUUACCUACAACAUGUUCAGUCAGGUUUCCAAGCUGUUUUCUGUUCACCACAUGUUCUAAUUUAUUGUUUGCUGUGGGAAAUAAUAGGGGAAAAUAAGCACAUAUUUAAAAAACAGACCUCUUUCUUAUGUUUUGUUUGUUGAUUUGUUGAUUUGAUUAGAUUUUUUUUUGUGCAUUUUGUUGCCCUGAGGUCUAUCAGAGAUUGUUGCUGGUAUUUGAGUGCAUUAUGAAACACUGCCGUACUGUCAGGUUAUAACGAUUGUUUGACUCUGAUUAAGGUGAGUUUUAGGAAAAAUCCACUCUGAACAUGUUUAUUAAUCUUUAGAUUUUUUUCUAUGAUGUAUUAUGCAAUUAAGUUCAAAUUCUUUCACCAGUCAGUAUGGAAUCGCCCUAUUGAAAGGUUUCCCGUGUCGAGCUCAAACUCCAAUAUUUGAGCUGGUGGUAUUUAGUUCUUGCUGCUCUUUUUUACGUAGGGCGAGCGAUGCAGCAGCGCUUUAGUCCCAUCAGAGUGUCGAUUAUGCUUUAAAACCUGCAUCAACUUCCACAAUAAUGCCAUUGUCAUCAUGUAGAUUUCUACCAAGCAGUGCUGAGACUUUGCUGUACCUCGGCGUCCAGCGUUCGCGGUAUCCACUACUGCAAAGUUAAAUGGUUCAUUAAUAUGACGUGAGCAUCACUGGAAAAUUGGUGGAUCGAAGAAAGUGUUUUUUUUGUUUUGUUUUGUUUUUCUUAAAGAUUUUAACAGCAAAAUAUGUCUGAGCUUAAAAUUGUCUUCUAUUAAACACUACAUUAGUAAUGUUCUGCUGCAAUUUCAUAGCAGCAGAGACAUACAUAUAUAUAAUCACCGUAAAAUAAAAAAUACAUCCCCAGUAAAUUAGCACUAGACUAUCAGAAAUUUGAAUACAGAUGUAUUUCAAGGUUUUCAGGGUGCAGUUAACGCAAGUCACUGUGUUUCAGAUUUAUUAGCUUCUUUGAUAAGGUUGUUGAGACCACAAAUGUCACCAGUAUUUUGUUUUGUUUUUUUCCCCCCCAUUUGUUUUUACACACAUUUGGAGAGCUAAAGUAUUUUUUUGUCCCUCUCCUGAACUAUGCAUUUGAUCGCCACUAAAGCAAAGCAAUUGUCUUUACGUUCAACACUGCCACCUUCUGGUCACAAUGUUCACUAACGAAAACCUACACACAUGACAUGUGUAGGACACAUCAGUUCAUCUUCAAAUUACUAUAGGUUUUUAUUUUUAAAAGGUUUUAGUCAUGCCAUAACAUGUUCGAUCUCUUUAUCAGGCAGGAAAAAUAAAAAUGCUAUUUGCCUAAGGCUAACAAAGAAUUCCUUUUUUUUUUUUUAUUGCGACUGAACUCGUUUAUAGUGACAUUAAUUGUUUACAAUAAUAAACCAACUGAUUCAGCUAAUAUAUUUUGUCACCACAUAAAUAAGGCAGUGAUGAAUGUUCAAUGCCAAAUCAUAUCGCGCCCAAACUGAAUGUUGGGUUUCAAUGUGCCUUGAUGCAUCAGUGUUUACUUUGAUGUUUUUAUAGAUCUUUCAGAAUUGUGUAAAAACAAAACAUGUAUAUAUGUGUGUGUGUGUAUGUGUGUAUAUAUAUAUAUAUAUAUAUAUAUAUAUAUAUAUAUAUAUAUAUAUAUAUAUAUAUAUAUAUAUAUAUAUAUAUAUAUAUACACACAUAAAUAUAAAAUAUUUUUCUACAAAAUUUAAAUGAUUAUGAAGUAAUGCUUUUGAAUAAAAUUUAAGUUCCAUAAAUGCUUUUAAUGUUUUCUAUUGUCAAACUAUGGAUUAAUAAAUCUGUGUGGGUUUCUUUUUUUUCUUUUCUUUUUUUUUUUUUUGGGGGGGGGGGGUAGGAAAAACUUUUACAUUUCAUGUGUAGAAAAAAAGAAAACACGGGUAUUAUGUGCUGCUUUGAAGUGAAUAGAUACAUUGUGUUAAAUGAGACCACAACUGUAACCCCACAGUGCUUAUGAGAUUGUGUGUGGAGUAAGAUUUUUCUCACUGUGUGUGUGUAACAAUAGAAAUCUGUCUACUAAAAAAAAGGUAUGACAUGAAUGGCACACUGAACUACAUCAAUUAUUGAAAUAUAUUUGAAUACAUUCUCUUUG